UUCUGGUAAGCCAAGACAGAGUCAGGAAGUUCUACUGAUGUUUCCUCUUCAUAUUGCUAACAUUGAUGUAAGCAGGGGAUGGAGCCCAAAGAAGUAAGCAGCAAGCUGCAGCUCCAGGCAGCAUGAGAUAUUACUGAGCUGGGAUGUUUAGCAACAGUUAGCCCGGGGCCAUGGUGACCUCCGCCCGGAUUCGCGACCACGGUGGCCGCCAGAAUCCUCCCGCCAAAAUGGCCGCGGAUUUGAAUUUGGCGCCGCCCACGUGACACGCCUCCCUAGGGCUGGGCUCGGGUGACGUCAGAGCACACCCAUACGUCAGAAGUCGGCGCGGGCGACGGCGUCUCUACCCUGCCGAGUGUGGCGAGCGCCUUUAGUGAGAAUCGCCAUGAGCAAGCGGAACCAGGUGUCGUAUGUGCGGCCUGCGGAGCCCGCCUUCCUGUCCCGCUUCAAGGAGCGAGUCGGCUACAGGGAGGGGCCCACCGUAGAGACCAAGAAAAUCCAGCCUCAGCUCCCAGAUGAUGAUGGUAAUCACAGUGACAAAGAAGAUGAACAGCCUCAAGUAGUGGUUUUAAAAAAGGGAGACCUAACAGCUGAAGAAGUCAUGAAAAUUAAAGCAGAAAUAAAGGCUGCCAAAGCAGAUGAAGAACCACCUCCAGCUGAUGGAAGAAUCAUGUAUCGAAAACCUGUUAAGCGUUCCUCAGAUGAAAAGUGUUCGGGUUUAACAGCAAGCUCCAAAAAAAAGAAAACAAAUGAAGAUGAUAUAAAUAAGCAGAAUUCAGUUAGAAAGAACUCACAAAAACAAAUAAGAAACAGUAGUCUCCUUUCUUUUGACAAUGAAGAUGAAAAUGAUGCAUGUUACAUUUGCAAUAAUAAUGAUGAUGAUGAUGAUAACCACAACAGAAGGCUGAUGAACUGUAGGAAAGGGCAGAAGCUUCAGGAACAGGAGACUCUGAGGAGGGAGAAGCCAACGUGAGAUGAUUGCUGUUCUUGUCUAACAUCGGCUACAAACUGGCAAGCAAGAGAGACUCAGAGCUGUCAGACUCGGGCAGGGAUGCCUUUUUCUGAGUAGCUUCCCUGUGCAAGCUGGACGGAGGAGUGCUCUGAUUGGUUAAUAAAUAAAACACUGAUUGGCCAGUAGCCAGGCAGGAAGUAUAGGCGGGACAAGCAGAGAAGAGAAUUCUGGGAAGUGGAAGGCUGAGGCAGAGAGACACUGCCAGCUGCUGCCAUGACAAGCGAGAUGUACCAGUAAGCCACAAGCCACGUGGCAAAGUAUAGAUUUAUAGAAAUGGGUUAAUUUAAGAUAUAAGAACUAGAUAAGAGGCCUGCCACGGCCAUACAGUUUGUAAGCAAUAUAAGUCUCUGUGUUUACUUGGUUGGGUCUAAGCAGCUGUGGGACUGGCAGGUGAGAGAGAUUUGUCCUGACCUGGGCCAGGCAGGACCAGGAAAACUCUAGCUACAGAGGAACCCAGGGAGAGACAAGGGAUAGCAGUAGGAAGAGCCAAAAAAGACUAGUAUUUUCAGGGAUUCCUACACCUGGCAGAAGAUACAACUCCUUGGGAGUGGGAGAUGAGGCACAGAAAGGUCCUGGAGAGGUGAGUACCUUGUGGAGGAUCCUGGAUGCUGUAUACCAUUGGCUCAUCAGAGGUGGGAGAAGGUAGUGCCAUUCCUUGAGUACCCACCCUUUCUUGCAGAGCAUCCAGGGAUUGGACAAAGACUGGGACAUGGGACCAAGCAAAAUCAAUGGAGCUGGUUUUUGUACUUUUAGAAAAUGGACUCAACUACCAUGGGCCUCUUUCUGCCAUUAAUCUAGAUCUGUGUGACAAGAAAGACCUCCCUCAGGAAGAACAUCAAACAACAAUGAAGCUUCGCUCUGAGGAUAUUAGAUAUAAAACAAAGAAAAAUCAAACUGCAACCCACAGAACCAGGGAGGCUAUAUAGCAGGGGGGACCCUAGGAUGACUGUGGCUUAUAAUAAGUUUUGGUUUUACUCAAUCACUGGGCAAGCCUCAGUGAAACAUUUCACUAUUAGGAUAAGAAUUUGUACUGUAUCACGCUGAUAAUAGAAAAAUAAAUAAAUAAAUAAACGAAUAAACAAAUAAAUAAAAUGGAAAAAAGGUCCCUUUCCACUCCCCUUAUUUGGGGCUUGAAUCUUCCUUUGAACAUGGAGAAUACCAGCUGUAAGACUUCAAGAAAACACUAAAGUUAGCAUCCUUUUUUGCUUUCUGUUGCUAUGAUAAACACCACAACCAAAAGCAACUUAUGGGAGGAAAGUGAAGGGACUCUUGCCAGUAAUAAACAGAAUCUUCUGGAAUUCAAGGCUCUAUGGACUACUGUGACAAAAGUCCUUUGUCCUGCAGACAGAUAUAUCUGAAACCAUACACAUGAAUGGCUUUGGGCUUUAUUCUCAAAAGUUCUUCCACCUACUCACAAUAAACUAUAUCCAACACUCUGACCAAGAGGCCUCCUGGAUAUUGCUGUAGCCAGAGCAGGUUACCUCAUUUAUGACUUGGUUUCUUAGCUUGUGACAGGGACCACAGUAGUUCAUACAGAACUGUGAGAUUGUGAUGUCUAACUAUAUUUAAAGGUUUUCAUUUGGUUUUGUAGUACUGGAGGCACAUGUCAGGUAAAUGUGUUGCCACUAAGCUAUGUCCCUAAACCCUCAUUCAAGUUUCUGUACAGUGCCUGAUGCUCAGAUUCAAUGCUACUUACCUUGGAUCACUGGUGCUCUAUCCCAAGUUCUGCAAAGCUUAAUCCUGACACACAUAGGGGGUGAUCCAAUGCUCAAUUAAUAAAGGAAGGCUAAAUUA